GAGGAGUGUGAAUCGGGAAGAGAGAAGAGGAGGAGGCGGGUCCAGGAGCAGGCGGGGAGGAGCGGAAAGGCUUAAGGCUGGGCGAGCUGAGCUUGGCUCUGUGUGUAGAGCAAAAGAGCCGAGAGCGGAGGGCGCGGCAGAACUGCUUUGCGCCCCUGUGCGUUGAGUCGCGGAGCCUGAGUGAGCGGCAGGGCCCGGCCGGCCGGCCAUGGCUUCCAUGGCUGCAGCGAUCGCAGCCUCCCGCACCGCCGUCAUGAACGGCAACCGGCCGCUGGACGAGCGGGAGCGUAAGCGCUUCAGCUACUUCUCGUCGCUGAACCCCAUGGCUCGCAAGAUCAUGGCGGAGAAGGAGCGCAUCCGCCAGCGUUACGGGCCCGAUUGGGAGAGGCUGCCGCCCCGCCAGCAGGAUGAGAUCAUUGACAAGACCCUGGUGGAGCCCCACGUUCAGGCCCGGUACGCGGCACAUCGAGGGGCCUCCAGAGACACCCCGCCCCCGGCCUGCUACCCGCAACUGAGCCUCAACACUGGCCAGAAGGUGGUGCACUUCGGCGACGAGGAUAUAACCUGGCAAGAUGAACACUCCGCUCCUUUUUCCUGGGAAACCAAGAGUCAGAUGGAGUUCAGUGUUGCUUCCCUGUCAAUACAGGAACCAGGUGGAAUGGCAUCGCAGAAUGAACAGAAACAACCAAUCAAAAUUGCUCCAGCCCCGCAGGCUACCAAACCCUCUCAAGGUGGUAAAAUGCCUAGUUCAGAUGGGCUUAUUAUACCAGCCAGGAAAGAGGAGGAGUCUUCUUUCUGGAAGAUCAAUGCUGAGCGCUCCAAGUGCGAAGGGGAACAGUCUGAAUUCCAUUCCUUAACCCCUAGCCAGAUCAAAUCAAUGGAGAAAGGAGAGAAGACCCUCCAGCCUUAUUACAGGCAAGAAUCCUGUCCGAAAGAGGCACCUAAAGUGGAGAAGCCGAAACCGGAAAAGCUGGUCACCCCAGUUCUUGCCACAACAUCAGUAGAAUGGGAAAAACCUCAACCUGGCCAGCCUUCAGUUAGUACCCUGGAGGUCCUUCCUGAACCAGCAGAAAAACUGUCAUCUACUGGGGCAAAACAUGAAGAUGUUGAUAGCGGUCUCCUUUCAGACUUUCAAACAUUUGGUCAGAUCAAUACAAAUAAUGUUAUCUUGAAGACUGGAUUCGAUUUUCUAGACAACUGGUAAAGAAACACCAAAUAACUUCAGCUCCAUAUUGGAGAAGGAAAAGGAGCAUCUCUCUCCUUCUUUAUUUUGUUUUGUUAUUGGCUUCUAUGUUUUCUUUUAAAAAAAAUAGUAAUUUUCCACUUCUUUUAAAUGUUGCCUUUGUACUAACACUUUUUGUAAAACCAGACGUAUAUUUGUAUUUUGGAAUGGUCCAGUGUUAGAAGUAUGGUGUCAGGGUGUUUGUUUUGUUGUUGUUGUUGUUUUUAAUUCUUAAAAAAUUGAUACAAGGUGAAUAGUCAUGUUGUGGAUGGACAAGAUACAUUUCCUAAUAAUUGUAUGCAUAUUAAGGACAAGGCGGGGAAAUCUGAUCAGAGAGAAAAGUGGAGGCAACUCAAGAGAGGCACCCUAUCUCACGUGUACAUUAGAGAAAAUGGCUCAUGAGCUCUGAUGUGAAUUAUUAGAGAAGAAAAUUCUGUAUAACAAGAAUCUAGGUCGAAGCUAUUGAAGCACAAAGCUCAAAUACCAAAAUUAAUCAUUUUUAUUUUCUAUGAACUAUAGAGAUAAUAAGGCUACAGAAUUUUUUUUAAAAAAAAAUUGUAUAGCUAUAUUUAGUUUGACUAGUUUAGUUCUAUUGCUGUUUACCAGAUGGCAAGAUUUUUAAAACAUCAUUACCUCAUAUUGUGGCAUGAAAUAUUUUUGAAAUGGAAACAAUGGGGAUAUUGAAAGCAGUACUUUAGUAGUACAUAAGAGCUAAAAUCAACACUAGUGUGAGUGGGGGAAAGACAGGAAAAGAAUGCAGCAUUAGGAUGUAGCUAGUCCUUUAUUUUAUUGAUUAAAAUCACUAGAUAAAAAUAUCUCUUGGAGGAGAUAUAGCUAAAAAGAAAGUAACUUAUUCUCUUGAAGCUUCUUAGCAUUCCUGAUAACAAUUUGUAGGGGUGUAGAUCACCCUUCCUCCUGCUGUAAGGCUUUGUUAUAGAAAUUCACUAUAUUUAUGACAAGCCAUUGUAAGAAUGCAGGGAUUUUUUAAAAUAACUAUUUUAAUAAAAGUGGCUUCUCUUGAUUGAGGACAUGAUUAUCUAAUUGCUGGUGCUACUUCCCUAGGUGGGAAUUGACCUCCAAGAUGUUACACGCUCUCCCUGAUGUGCUAGGCUUUCUUUUGUUUUUACUUUCAGGGAGUUCUUUACAUGGGGAAACAUUGUUCACCUGCAGUCUGAAUUGAUACAGUCCAAUCUACCGUCUUAGGCAUCUACCAUCUUAUUCUGCUGUAUGUGUAGACCAGGCCUCAUUCUUGUCUAGUGUGUUAAAAUAUACAUGAAUAGAAAGGUUAUGUCAUUUGAACUGCCAUCUUGGAAAUGCGUCAUGGUUUUCCAUUCUGCCUCAACUCUGUCUCCAUCACCUAAGCCUUAAUUCCCUUUACGCACAAAUUGUGAUCUGUCCAAUCCAAUACCAAAGGUGACUGAACUUCUGCUUUUUAACCUCAAACUGGAUUUUCAGCCCAAUACAGUAGCUCCUUGUACAUGCUCAACUGAGGAUUCCACCAACAGAGCUUGCAUUGGGCUGUAUAUCUGCAGGACAAAAAGCAAAACAUAUACCUUUUCCUUGUAUUUAAUAACCCUAGGCUAUUUGUAAGGACAGUUACAGUUGGCCUCCACCAAGUUGGCUGUAGCAAUCUUGCUUGCCAUUGUCUUGUGUGAACUAAAACCUGAAGAUUCAAGUUAUUUCUGCAUACAUUAUGUGUUACUAUUCUACUUCAGUCUGUUUCCUGUUCAGUUGGUCAGCUGCUCUCUUACUACUUUGAGGCAGAUAAUAUAUAUUGGUAAAGAUGGCCUACUCCAAUUAAGAGGCCUAUUUUCAACUCUUUGUCCCAAAGCAAGGUCCAUUAGUUGUAAUAGAAAGUAAUGUCGUGUCGGGGGCAGUAAAGAAACUUGAAAGAAAAUGCUGCUUCUGAGAGUUCAUCUACACUUUGAGCCACAUGGGCAUUUGCUGUGUUUUGAAGUAAAGUGAGAAAUGGAAAUGUGUGAUUUCCAAAUGCUCUGGGCCAAAAACUCUGGGAUUUGAGUUUUUGGCAUCUGUUUCUUUUUAGUGUGAGUUGAGAGUAUGAAUUGGAUCAGGACUGCAGGAAAGGAGUGAUUAAUUCUUUGCUCCCAUGCUGGUUCCCCAUCUUGAAUCUGUGCCCCUGAAGCUGUUAGCCCCAAAGGAGAAAAUGUAUGGGCACAAUUUGCACCACUUUUGUUUCACUUCUUGGCUAAUAGCUUGGAAUGAAUUUGGAUCAAGGCCACAGCACCAGGGAAAAUUUUACCCCCUGAUACUGUGGACCUAAUCCAACCCAGCUCCUGAUUAGUGCUUUUAAAAAAUACAUUACAUGUUGCAGUCAUGAAACACCCACAUUGCCUCUAGUUUGGCCCGUAGAUAUAUGGUGGGCACAUGCUGGACAUCUGUGAUUGGUUGCUGCUCCCUGUUACAUCUUUGGAGACGCACAUCACCUCCACACAUCAUGCUUAUUCCUGAGGGCAAACUAUGAAUUAAGUUAAACCUGUCUUGAAGAGACAGGCUUAAAACCGGAAGUCUCUCUCUUUCUGGUUUUAAGCCUAUCUGUUAAUGAAGGGCUUAAUGUAAUGGGUAGUUUAGCCCUUAGGUGGCAAACAGAUACCUUUGUGACUAAAUGCUGAUGUCAUAGCAACAUUUCUGGAGCUAUUUGACUUGCAUUACUUACAGCUCAAAACAGCAAGAGGCUGAAUAACAUGUUGCAGCACAUGAAGGUCUCUGACGUUCUGGCGACAGCUUGCGAGUGUUGCCUUGUUCUAUUACUAAGUUUACAGUUAUUAAAGUUCACUUUAAUACUUGUGGGGGGAAAUUCAGAAAGUCUUUUUUUUAAAAAACUGUUCGCCAGUUAAAAACUAACCAGUCUAGAAAAGCUGAGCUUCAAAGCUAAGCUUGAGCACAAGUUCUACUUGCAUAAGAUAUUUUCUGAGUUGCACUUUUUGGGAAUUUGAAGGAGAUUCUUUACAAUCGUAUCAAAGCAGAAAGAUGUAAAGUGUGAAUUUUACAACUCAGGUUCUAUUUUUUAUUGGCUGACAAACUUUAAUAAUUGAGCAUUUUCAAUUUAACAGACAAAUACUGUAACUUUCCAUAUUUGUUGGCUCACAGGAGAGAAUGUUCUAAGGCCAGGAGAAGCAUCUUUUAAAGAUCUCUUUUUCAGAUAGAAGUUUGAUAAACUGGUCGGAUCUGUGCUCUAUCUCUUUGUGUUCCCUUUCAGACUCUUCGCUCUUACAUACAGGGCAUAGUCCUACCAAUGUGCUCUUCCACAGUUCCUCUCUAUUUCCAUGGGCUUGUGCAGAAGAGCUUCUCAUUGGAACUGGCCAGCAUGUUUGCUGCAGAGCCUGUACUUGCCCCAUUCAGAUAUCCCUUUAUUGUGCUUUGAUGGCUAAACCUGAUGCUUCUCCCUUUCUUAGAUAUAUUUUCACCAAAGUUCACUUUCAGACUUGUACUUGGUCAAAUUUUAUAUACAAUUUCUUCUUAAUUAAAAUCAUUUGAAGUAUGGUAGACCAA